AUGUUCGUAGACAGCGCCAGCAGCGACGAAGACGGCGCGUCCGAGGGCAGCGAAUACUCCGCCGCUGCGGCGGCCGACGAUUGGUUCGAUGGUUCGAGCGAAAGCGACGACGAUAGCAGCGCCAGCGAACGCGGGAGCGAGAGCGACAGUGCCGCGGGCGCGAGCGACGACGACGAAGACAGCGCAAGCCAAAGUAGCUCAUCUUCAGGGCAGCCCGCAGCCGCGCUGACAGAAGAAUCGAUUCCCUGGGCAGUCGCGCUAGCCAGCGAACUUCCUGGGCAGCAGCACGGAUCGGCGAAGCGCCGCUGCCUCGUUCCCCGGGACCUGUACAAAGGGCUCGCAGACGUGAUCGACGUGCUGCGUGCAGGAGGCCCUAAAGAGCUUAACCAACAACUUAAAGAGCUGUACGCACGCGGCAAAAGGCUGCAAGGCCAAGCGCGGGACAACAACGAUGCCGAAGAUCGGAUGGCACAUGAGGUCUACGGACGCGUAAAAGAGGCAAACUUAAACAUGCCUGUCCUUGGAAUGGAAGUGCUUGAGAAUGUGCGACUGCUGCGCGAGCACACUGGCCUACAUGACUGCGAAAUAACGCGCCUUAAGAAUGUCGCCGCGUACCUCGUGGACGACGCCAUGCUAAAUCGGGCAGACGGCACGAUUGGAAAUUUAAUAGAACUAACUGGGCUCUCGGCAACAAUGCUAAGAAACGGAGCUGACAGGAGAGAAGCAUUCUUCGAGCAACCGCCGGACAACACGGAGACGCCUCACAGAGGUAGGGUCCGCAUUCCGUUGCACGACCUUGUAUCUGCGUGGAAGGAGAUGCACUUCUGUGAAUUGCUGGAACUAGACAAGGACUAUCAAGCAAGCUACACCAAGAAGAAGUUUAAGACUGAUGGGAAAAAUCUGGUUUGCAUCAAGUGCCAGAAGAAGGUUCUGAUGGGCACCAAGGGCGACGUGGUCAAGUGGUACCAAGACCGACACCCGAACUCGCUCAUCUCUACUGCAACGCUCAGGAAGCUCGUGUGCCCAUGCAUGCGCCCCAGCUCGGGCAACGACUGCGCCUGUCCAAUCUGCUGGGAGAUCGUCUACAUCAUUAAAGCCCUGCGGGAAUCCUUCAGGCAAAAGGGUGACAUAUGCGACUGUGAGGCAUGCAAACCCGGCUCGGCAUGGCGCGCGGCAAUACAAAGCCCGCAUGCUUUAAGGCUUGCACUGUCACCGUGCGGCAAGGAGACCUGCCCUGGAUUUCAGCUCCCCAAGGAGAAGGAGCCGCCUGAAUUCUACAUGUUCACCUGCGCCGUGGAGAAACAACCGCCGAAAGGCGCCGACAAAGUCCUCCCUGAGCUUCACAGGAAAUGCACACAGUGCACUUAUGGCUACCAGAUGGUGAUGCCAAAGGAAGGCAAGUGCAAACGACUGACAUUGCCGCUCACGUACCAUUCAAAACAAGAGGUCAACGCGGCCCCGAGAGUCGAUAAGUGCUUUGCGGACAAGUUCGUAAAAGUUCCGUCCACGUAUGGCGCACCUUCCUUUGGGUAUCUCUAUGGAAUUACAGAAAAAUACGAUGUCGAGAUCAUGCAGAUGUUUGGCGCAGCGCACCACAUGAGCGGCCCGGUCGACGCAUACGGUACGUGGUCAUGCAACGGUUGUUAUAUAUAUGGGGGCUACAACGACGGCGCAGCGAAACACGAGGACACGGACGUACAAGGCUGGGCAACUGUAGACGAAGUUAAUGGAGGCAUCCACUAUGAUGCUCCGAACGCGCAUUCAAGCCAGCUGUAUUGCGUUAGGAUCAAAGCCCCGUGGACGCCAGAGCCGAAAGAACAUCCCCUGGCGCGCGUGGACUCCGAGCCGGAUUCUGAUGAUCUGGCUUGCACGGGCAAAGAUGGCAAAAGGAAGAUGUGCCUCCCAUGCAGAAAUCGUGAAAAUCAGGGCACCAUACUAUCCGGCGAGCCAGUAGCCCCGCUCGAGUGCGAUUAUCAGCACUGGUGUGGCACGCCGCGGUACGUGCAACUGCUAGGCUACAGAGCUGACACGGAAGCACAGAAGGCCAAGGAGAAACUCAGGAAGACACAAGAGACACGCGAAAAAAUAGCAGCAAAGAAACGUAAAACCGAGUCGGGCGUGGCGGCCGGCCACGACCGGGAGCUGGCGCCGCGGGAGCGCCCGUACGAGCGUCUUCGGCCCCUGCUUCGCCUCGAAUGUUAG